UUGGGGAUGACCUCAGCGUUUUAUAAAUACAUCCUCACAACCAUGGAUUUCCCUAUUCUUCACCUGGAUGGCAUCGUGGAGGACUCAUCCAACAUUCUGGGCUUCUCCAUGUUCAACACAUCUCACCCCUUCUAUUUGGAGUUUGUUCGGAGCCUCAACAUGUCCUGGAGGGAGAACUGUGAGGCCAGCAUGUACCCUGGUCCAGCGCUGUCUGCAGCCCUCAUGUUUGAUGCUGUUCAUGUGGUCGUGAGUGCUGUGAGGGAGCUGAACAGAAGCCAGGAGAUUGGCGUGAAACCCCUGGCUUGCACUUCCUCCAAUAUCUGGCCACAUGGGACCAGCCUCAUGAACUACCUUCGAAUGGUAGAGUAUGAUGGGCUGACUGGGCGAGUUGAGUUCAACAGCAAAGGUCAACGGACCAACUACACCCUGAGGAUCCUAGAGAAGUCCCGAGAGGGCCAUAGGGAGAUCGGGGUGUGGUACUCCAAUCGGACUCUGGCAAUGAAUUCCACCACCUUGGACAUCAACCUGUCCCAGACCUUGGCCAACAAGACUCUGGUGGUCACCACCAUCUUGGAGAAUCCAUAUGUCAUGCGAAGGCCCAACUUCCAGUCUCUGUCAGGAAAUGAGAGGUUUGAGGGCUUCUGUGUGGACAUGCUUCGAGAGCUGGCUGAGCUGCUCCGUUUUCGCUUCCGACUUCGGCUAGUAGAAGAUGGGCUAUAUGGAGCACCAGAGCCCAAUGGCUCCUGGACUGGAAUGGUUGGGGAACUCAUCAACCGGAAGGCAGACCUGGCAGUGGCUGCAUUCACAAUCACAGCUGAGCGGGAGAAGGUCAUAGACUUCUCUAAGCCCUUCAUGACCCUUGGGAUCAGCAUCCUUUACAGAGUGCACAUGGGUCGAAAACCUGGCUACUUCUCCUUCCUCGAUCCCUUCUCACCUGCUGUAUGGCUCUUCAUGCUCUUGGCUUACCUGGCUGUUAGCUGUGUCCUUUUCCUGGCAGCCAGGUGA